AUGAUUCAAGGCCACAUCCUCCCUGCACGGGACUGGCGCGCACUGGCACUAACACAGGCGUCGGCGGAGGGCUGGGCGGCGGAGGUGGCGAGGGCCGAGGAGCUCUACGAGGAGCUGCGCGAGCGCGCGCCCCAGCACUGCCGCCGUGGCGGCAAGUGGGCGCGCGAGAGAAGCGUUCCCAAGGGGACGAUCCUGUGCCUCGGCAGGGUGCUCGACGCGCACGAUGAGCAGGACGACGCGGAGGGUGGGCGCCGGGAUUGGGAGGAGGACCCGCUCGGGUUCGACACCAACCCGAUGCUGCUCCGCGCCAUGUGCAUGGCGUUCGAGUGA